AUGGCGAGCAACAACCCAUAUGCGCGCUACAUUUCACCAGCGCCCUCUGCCUACUCUCAACGGUCGCGUUCCGAGUCUAUGAAUUCUGCGCCUUCCAUCUGGUAUUCCGGUACACCCGAACAUUAUCCGGUGGAGCCGAGACGCAAACGCGAGCACUCUGCUCCCCAUCGCCGCCAUACCAACAAGCAUCACCGCCACUCACUGCUUGUGCAACCUGAUAUCAUUGACAGGCUGGACAAUGUCACCAAUUUCUCCUAUCACCACGAGGGCCCGUACGACGCUGCCCGCCCUGAGCGAAACCGCUUUGCUAAGUCCAGCCCGCUGGACGCUGUCAAGGAGUCCAAUGCCGAGGCCCUCCGGGCGACUCCCCAUCACAAGAUCGCCGACGCUCUAAACCGUCACCGGCCACUAGAUGGCGUUGCCUUUUAUCCUCCUGGAACCACGGAUCGCAACGGCCAGGAGUAUUCUUACGAAGAAGGCUCGAAUAUGAUGAAUGACUCUUCUGGUAACUUCAUGCGCCUUCCUGGCACGAAAUUCACCGAUGAGGACUUCAAGAACGAUCCGUUCUAUAACCGGCCCCCGGUGAAUCCGUUCUCUGAACUACGAAAGAAAAUCAGUCUGCGACUCAAGAAACGACGCAACACUCACUAA